AUGGAUGCAAAUGAGUUCCGCAUACGCGAUCCCCGGGGCUUUCCUCACGAAGGCGUGCAAACAGAAAAGCCGCCACCGAAACUUUCAUUUAGCGAAAAUUCGAGUUCGCUGGUACGUUGCGUACCGAACGAAAGAGCGACAUUCUUCGUAAAAAUCGACUGUGACGAAGACUCCGAUUUGUUGCCAUUAAAAUUUGAAUGGAGCCGUGGAGAAUUGCCAAUUGAGAAUUCCGAUCGCUUUCGAAUAACACAGACCAGCACCGCUGUGCAACUAGCCGUAGAACACGUGCAGCGGGAGGACGCUGGUCAUUAUACGCUGAUAGCUAGAACGAAAGGUAACAAUGUUAUUCGCAAGGAUGUCGAACUCAUUGUCGAGGACAGAUCGACGGGUGAGGACCCGCCUAUAUUUCUACGACGAUUGACCGAUCUAUCGGUGAAGGUGGGAACGCGUACUCGAUUGUUAGUCGAAAUACGAAGUUCCACGGAAUUAAAGCUCACUUGGUACCGAAAUGAUCGCCGAAUAUGUGAAACCGAUCGAAUUAAAGAGAUAAAUGAAGGCACAUUUCACUAUUUGGAAGUGAGCCCAGUUAUAUUGGAAGACGGUGGCCAAUGGAUGGUGCUCGCGGAGAAUACAGGUGGACGUAAUUCAUGCAUUGCACAUUUGAACGUUUUAGUGCCCAAGGCUUACAAGACACCAGAGUUCAUUGAAGAAUUACGUGCCAUACUUACGCAACAAGGCACCGUUUCACUAGAAUGUAAAGUUGUUGGUGUACCCACACCACAGCUACGUUGGUUCAAGGAUUCCAAAGAGAUCAAGGCUGGUGAUGUAUUCGCACUGACCGCCAAUGUGGACGACCCCACCUCGUUGGGUACAUACACCUGUGAGGCCGUCAACUGUAUGGGCAAAUCAUAUUCUAGUUCCAAGGUGCAUGUAAUGGGGCGUGGUAGUAGAGAGGGUUCAUUGAAACCAGCUGAUAGCAUCCCCAACAAUGCACCCCCACCGAUCUUUACGAACGAGCUGCGCGACCUGAGUGUCCGCAUUGGCGAACCAAUUAUACUCGGCUGCCAAGUUGUGGUACCACCUUGGCCCAAAACUGUUGUCUGGUAUAAUAAAAAUGGACGCAUUGAGUCAAGUGAACGCUAUAAAUUAAUCGAGGAUGGCUUGGGCGUUUAUAUGAUCGAAGUCAAACCCUCCGAGAGUUGUGACGAAGGCGAAUGGAAAUGCGUAGUUACUAGCUAUGAAGGUUGCGUCGGUAUUUCAACGUGUAACGUCACUAUGGACAUUCCCAAAAAUUAUCGCAAGCCACGUUUCAUGGAAAGUCUACGCGCUGUGCUCACCGAGGAAGGACUCGUCUCAUUCGAAUGCAAAGUGGUUGGUUUUCCUACGCCCGUACUUAAGUGGUUCAAGGAUGGUCAGGAACUAAAACCCGGCGAUGUUUAUCAAUUAACUGGCACCAACUCGCUUGGCACAUACUGUUGCAUAGCCAAGAACUGCAUGGGUGAGAGUAGCAGCGUUGCUGUGCUCACUGUAGAGGAUAUAAAAAAUCAGCUUAACGACGAAGAGCGUCUCACAUUUGCUAAUCAGAAUCAGCCACCUAAAUUUGUGGUGGGCCUUAAAAGUCAAGAGGCCAAGAUCAACGAAUUUUUCCAAUUUACUGUAAAUGUCAAUGCCACACCAGAUCCAAUGCUCUCCUGGUUUCGCGAUGAGUUCCCGAUCGAGAACAGUGAACGUUACUCUCACUAUCGUGGCGAGCAAGACAAUUGGCAUUUGGAUAUACGCGCUGUGGAAUUCGUAGAUCAGGCCGAGUGGAAGUGUGUGGCUGUGAAUGACUUUGGCACAAGCGUUACUUCCAGUUAUCUAAAGUUGCAGAUACCACGGCACUACAAGAAACCACGUUUCCUGGAAUGCCUGAGAGCGGUGUUGACGGAAGAGGGCGCGGUAAACUUGGAGUGCAAAGUUAUUGGUGUGCCACAGCCCGUGCUGAAGUGGUACAAGGAUGGUGUUGAGUUAAAGCCCGGUGACAUACAUAGGAUCAUCUCAGGACAGGAUGGUACUUGCUGCCUGGGCACCUACACAUGUGAGGCUAGAAAUUGUAUGGGCGUUGUUGCUAGCUCAGCUUCGCUGCUCGGUUUCGAGGAGGCGUACAAAAAUCAAAAGCACGAGCAGGCACAAGAAAACGAAUUGCAGCGCAAUUUCUCCUUGUCCACCAUACAGGAGGAGCGUACAUCCCAGUUGUACGAGACACCUGUUGGCGAUAUAACGAUUGACUCAAAGGGAGAGGUAUCUUUCUCUUUCGAUGGCAAAGAGGUUUCGGUAUCCUUGUAUGAGACACCCGAUUUGACCGAAGAAGAAGCAUUGAAGAUCGUCGAAAUGUACGCCGAUCAGAUUUCAGAGCAUGUGACCGAACACAAUGUGGUGGAAUUGCCGCCACUGCGUUUUGUUAAAGAGACCUCACAGUCGGGUAAACUGCUAAUGGAAGCUGUGGUAAUUGACAUCUCGCCAGAAUACUUUUCACAUGAGGAGGACAUGCGUACCGAGGCAGGUUUGGAUGAUAUUUCCAUCAACGAGAUAACAGUGCAUGGCUCCUCGGGUCAUGAGGGUGACACCGAUCGCGAAGCUGAGAACUAUGCGCAACGCAGCUUUGAGAAAAUGGAGGAAGACUUAUCAUUGACGGCACCGAUACGCAAGCGUAAGAAAUCACGACCGACCGAAACGACUGAGGAAUUUUACAGUUUAUCGAAAGCAUCCGAUAGCCAAGCGGGCGAUGAGGAGGACACUUCCGAUUUACAAACGUUCGCUAGCGCUACGCAAAUGUCAUCGCGCAUCGAUUCUGCUGCCGGCCCUGAUGCUGCACAGCCCGCAGAUGGUAUGCAACCACCGAAGCGCAAGAAGGCCAAGGGCAAGACAACUGAUAGUGAUUCAUCAAAGACAACCGAAGACGAUACGAAAAUGCAAGAUAUAUCUGGUGCAGUAGGCGAUGGUUUGAUGUCUGUGAAGCCAGUAAAAGUGAUCUCCAGCGCAACGGAGAUUGAGCAGAAUUUGAGGACACUGCUGCCACUAGCGAAAUCGCUGAAGACUAUUGAGCACCACCUGACUAUCGUGGAAAAUGAAGUGGUCGAGCAGGCAGCCAUGAUGAUGACGUCAGGGUCUGCAGAACAGAGCAUCGCCAUCAUACGCAAUAUCAUCGACCCGGUGAAGCAGGUGGAGUGCAAGUUGCGCGCCUAUUCCGGGGAGACACCACUCGACGCGCUCUUCCAAACGAUGGAGGAGGAUAUACGAAAGCUGCACACCAGCCUACAGGUCAUUGAGAAGUGUGUCGAAAUAGAUGAAACUGGCGUGACGCUCAUACAACGCACCAGCGUCUGCAUUAUAGACAGCGUGGGCGAUCAGCUGAUAAAGGCAUUGCAAGAGGUGCAGAGCAUUGCAAAGACUUUCGAGUCUACGAGCUUGCGUGCACAUAUAGAUCUUACCGCGGACGAUAUUAGGCAAGGUCUCGAAAUCACACAGGGCACUAUAAAGUCACAGGCGCUGCUGCAAGAAGCGCAGGAGUUGGAGGCGGCCAAGCAUCUCUCGGAAACGGUUGCCAAGCUACAGGCUAGACCAGAGGGAGAACCGGCGUCCUUUGCUAAUAUCUCGGAUGCUAAAUUGCCUGACGAAGCUGAUGCACUGAAGCUCAUUUGUCAGCCGGUUGUGAAUAUACAAGCCGCCUUAGAGAAGGUGGAGAAUGAAUUGAGUCUCGAAGAAAACGAAGAACAGAUCUACAAGAAGGUGCACAAGAAAGUGUUGGAAAAUAUUGUCGAACCAAUUAAGGAACUGCAAUCGGUGUUGGAGAUAAUCGAACGAAAGGCGGAGGCACUCGCUGGCACCGAAUCGACAGAGCAAAAAGUUAAUAUGGCCAUUCUGGACAUUGUCACACCGGCUCUAUUUGAACUCAACAAGGGUAUGGAAAUAAUAUUAAAUGAGUCGUCGGACAAUGUUCAAGCAGGCAUGUUGACUGUUAGCACUGUGGAGUCGAUGGUACCGCCAUUGCAAGAGAUACAAAACGGGUUGGCGCAGCUCACACAGGACGUGGAAAGUGGACACUUUACGGAAGAGGCCGUGCUCGACUCGGCGGAUACGCAAAAGUUGCUGCAAUCUAUAGCGCAGUCUGUGCUUCACUUCGAGACGAAUAUCGAGCGCAUAUCAGCGCGUUUAUCACCCAAUGUGCAAUCGGGCUUGUUCAAUAUCAAGGAGGAAAUGUCUGCCUUAAUUGGAAAUGUGUUGAAUGAGAACAUCACCAAGUAUCAUGUGACGCUUUUGGAGAACUUGAAACGGCCUAUCGAUGAGCUCAACUAUUGCAUACGACAAAUUGAAGGCAAAUCUAUAUCGGGCUCUUUAACUGACUUUAUCGAUCCCUUGCACAGUCUCAGCGAUCGCGUGCAUUUGGGUCAGGAGAUCAUGCACAUGUCUGGUGCGAAGCAAAACGAAAAAAAUCUUGAGGUCCUCGAUAGAAUGGAACAACUAAUUAGGCGCGUUGAGAUCGAUAUUGAAGAACAUGAAUUCAAGGUGCUGCAACGCGAAGUCGAACUUGAUGAGAAGCGUGCAAACGAAGAGGAGAAAUCUUUCCUUUACAUGCGGCAAGCAAUGGAAAUGAAGAUAGCUCAAGAUGAGGCUGGACAAAAUAUACAAGAACUACUGCACACAGUUACAGAGAUAGAGGCCACACCUGACUUGGAUGCUCAAACCCAAAAAGUGUUAUCAGUGCUAGACCAAAGUCUUACCGGCCUUGUCGCCGAUGUAGAAAAACUGAAGGAGUCACCGAGCACGAGGGAAGAAAACGAAGCUGCUACAAAAGUGCUAACCGACAUUGCCAAACCACUGCAGGCAGCUGCUGAGGUUUUACGCAGGGCGCUAACGCCAGCAAAGGAACUGAAGGUAGAGCAGCUCCCACAACGCGUGUGUCUGCAAGCAGUUUUGCAAGAGUUGAAUGAGGUCGUUGAAAAUAUACCCGAGCAAAAUGAGCAGAACGUAAAAUUGAAGGCGUUGCCCAUCGUACAAUCGGUGCUAAAAAUAGUGCCCGCGCUUCAAACAAUCACAGAUUUACCACAAGCGUCAACAGCGGUAACGCACGCUGAGAAAAAGAAGGCAGCGGCAGAUGUUGAUAGUGGAGCUGCAAAGAGGCCGAAAAUGGCAGCUGAAGUCAGCGAUGAGGUAGAAACAGCACGAACACCCGACGCGCCUACUACGGUUAAGGUUGAAGAAAAUGUCGAGACCCCACUAGCUGCGGAAGCUCAACAUACUGCAGAACCCCAACAAGAAGCGAGCUCUACUGACGCUAGCAGGCCAGCGGCGAAAGCCGCGGAUGACGCUUCCACACUGGAGGACAUAUCCGCCAUGAAAUCAGCAGCUGAGUCAUUACCAGCAGAUAGCUUGGCCUCUGGAGCAGAAGAUAAAACGGAUCAUCUCAAAGCUUUCGAAGCUAACAAGAACAAAGUGAACGCGCUGCUGUCGCAACUGAAGAAUAGCAUCGCAACAGUAUUGGCGCAUUGCGACGAAGUAGAUGUAGGCUCGCUGCAAGUGGAAACUGCUCAACAAGUGAAGGCAAGUCUCUCGAAGCUGGCAGGCGUCACUGAGUGCAUUGCUGAUGUGCAUCAACCAAUCGUUGUGGAGACACUGGGUUCACUCUCCGACGCCAGCGAGUGUAGAACGUUCGCUGAAGCUGUGUGCCAUUUGGAAGCUUGUGUGGUGCAAGUUGAGGAGUGCAUGGCACAAGCCGAUUUGAAGGAGCUGAGUGGUGGCGGCUCCAUUUCCGAAUUGAAAACAUUAGCUCUACCCUUACAAGACCUUAAGGAGUGCAUUACAGUCUUUCACAAUGAAGAAUUGGAGCAGGUUAUGAGUUUGGCAACAGCAAGCUUACCGCUAACUAGCGCACAAGUUUUACAAGACAUACAGCCCUUUGUGCUCUCAAUUAAGGAGAGUCAAGCAAUCGAAACUUUGCAGUCCUUAGCGGCGGAUGAGUCUCUAGCGCAGCUCAAACAAUUUAUAAAACCCAUACAAGAGCUGCAAACUGCCGUGCUGUCUGCCGCUGAGCAGGUGCAUUUGUCGCAAAUUGAAAGUUUGCCCCAGCAGGCGAGCAUUGCGGUGUUGGAAAAGUGUGCCAAGCCUAUACAGGACAUCAGGGAAGCGCUACUGCAAGUGCAAGAAGAAACACCACUGUCCACCCUAGAAGCUACUCCGGCAUUGCAAGUUUUGAAGGAAAAAAGUGAAGUUGUAUACAAUCUCCUGCAAUACUGUGAAAAAGUGGACCUGCAUAUAUUGGAGAAUCUUGCCGAUAUGUCUACACAAGCUGAUGUCUCUGCACUCAAAUCUUGCGCCGAGCUCAAGUCUUUGGAGACGCAACUAGAACCUGCCGUUAGCGCGAAACAAGCAACAGUGAAGUACUUGGACGUCAAGGAAUGCAUUGCGGAUGGUAUCAAACAAAUACAAGUCUGCUUGACAUCAGCCGAAAAAACGGUGGUGCCCGAGUUGAACGAUGUUGGAGAGGUCAUGAAAGAGCUUAAACGGGAAUUAGAGUACAUGCAAAGUGAGUUGUCUAAACCAGCUGCGCAACAAAAUGCGGCCAAAGCCAAUCGUAGCGUAGCUAAAACGAUGUUCAAAUUGAAAGAGUGUCUGGUGCAUACCUACGAAGCUGGCGUUGAAAAGUCGCUGGAUGAAAUCGAGAAAACAUUCGAAGACAUACUAACAGCGCUGCCGACUUUAGAAAUACAGCUGGCACAAGAGAUGUACGCAAAAAUCGAGGCAUCACUACACGCAUUUAAUACCACUUGUGCACAACCAGAGACGCCUGAGCUGGAAAAACUGAUAGAACCCAUUGGAGACAUUUUGAGCAGCACCAAAGCAAUUAAUGAGUUGAAGAGCAUAGAUGUUGAAAAGUCUUCAUUGGUGGUGGCGCAAUUACAAUCGCAUUUAAUGGCCGCAUUUAGAGCGCUCAACGAAGUUAGUGAAUCGCUUAGUGGAGCUGGGCGUGAAGCAGUUUUGAAAGCGCAAGAUGCUGUGCUAGCAACAAACGAGUUCAUUGCGGAAGCCAGUGAGCAAAUUAGAACUAUUGAGCUGCUACAGGAGGUAGAUAGCUUGACGCCCAGUUUGGCUGCUAUUCCCGGAAGUUUUACGUCCGCAAGCGAGCAGGAACGGAAGCAAGCACUACUCGAAACGCUUAUGCAGCGUGUUACGCAAGGGAAAGCAUUUUUACAAAGCAUUGAAGAUGGCUUAAACGCAAACAAUCCGGUGUUCUAUAGGCUAGCAGAGCAAAACGAGCUGGACAUAAGUAGCGUAGAAGCAGCACUCAUACGCAUCGAAAAGGAAAUCAUACCAAAACUGGAAACGCAGGUGCCAGCGGCUGAUGACAGCGCGCUAGUCGAUGUGCUGGGAGUGCAUUUGAAAUCUUUGCAGGACAGUCUCGCCAAACUCAAUACUGCAGCGAUUGUGGUGGAAAAAGUACGCGUGGAUGUAGAAACAAGGUCGAUUGAGCAGCAAGAGCCGGAGCCGGGGCUCGUUGCGCAAAAAUCCGUAACCUCAACCACACCGCAGCAGACUUCAGCGAAGAAGGAGUCAUCACAGUUACGCGAAACUUCACUACCCGCUGAGGAAGACAUAUCUACGCUGGAGGAAAUUUCAGCUAUCGAGUCUUACUUGGGCUCCCCACCGCCAAUUUCCCGCGCCGAAGAAGCGCCGCCCACACCGCCAGCUGACAAAGGUAAGGUCGAUGUGUUGUUAUCACAACUCAAAAGUAGCAUCGUCUCAGUGUUGGCACAUGGUCACGAAGUAGAUGUCGCCUCCCUGCAGCUGGAGACUGCACAACAGAUUAAGGCAAGUUUAACAAAAUUACAGCACGUAAAUGAAUGUUUUGCCGAUGUCCGUCAACCCACUGUCAUUGAGCCACCACUCCUAUCCCUCUCCGAUGCUAGUGAAUGCAAAACAUUUGCUGAUGCUGUGUGUAAUUUGGAUGCAUUCGUAGUGCAAGUUGAAGAAUGUUUGGCCCAAAGUGAUCUGAGUGUGCAAGCGAUUUCCGAACUAAAAACUUUGGCACAACCACUGCAUGAAGUUAAGGAAUGCGUAAGAGUUUUCCACAAUGAAGAAUUGGAGCAUGUGCUUAGUUUGCCAACAAUAAGCAUGCAACUAACCAGUGCUCAAGUUUUGCAGGACAUUCAACCGUUUGUGUUGUCGAUCAAGGAGAAUCACGCAUUGGAGACGCUGCAGUCGCUGGCGGAGAACGCAUCACUCGCGCAGCUCAAGCAAUUCAUACAACCCAUACAAGAACUGGAAAGCGCCAUACUAUCCAAUGUUGAGCAGGUGCACUUGUCACAAGCUGAAAAUAUUUCUAGGCAGGAGAGCACCGCUAUAUUGGAAAAGUGCGCUAAACCUAUCUGGGAUAUCAGAGAAGCUUUGCUGCAAGUACAAGAAGAAACACCACUCUCCACGCUAGAAGAUUGUCCCGCACUGAAGGUUGUGAAGGAGCAGACCGAUGUCAUAUACCACCUGCUGCAAUACUGCGAGCAAGUCGACAUGAAUGCUUUGGAAAACAUUGUCGAAAUGUCAACACAAGCCGAUGUUUCGGCGCUGAAGUCCUGCGUGGAGCUGAAAUCCGUACACACGCAACUUGAGCCACCAGCCACAGGUGUGGUUGAAAGCGUUAAGCUGCAGGAUGUGCGAGAAAGUAUUACAAAUGGCAUUAAUCAGCUACAAACGUGCUUGGAAAAGAGCACAGCAAACAAUGUCCCAGAACUGUGUGAAGUUGAGGUUGCUAUGCAGGAGUUGCAGCACGAGCUACAAAGUAUGCAAGAUGAGCUUACGAAACCCGCCGCAGAACAACAAGCUGCCGAGUCGCAAACAAGGGUGGCCAAAGUAAUGUUUAAAUUGAAAGAAUGCAUCGUUCACACUUACGAAGCGGGCGUGGAAGAAUCAUUAGACGAUAUUGAAAGAACCUUUGCCGACAUCCUACAGGCCAUGCCAACGCUAGAGCUGCAAUUAGCGCAGGAGAUGUGUGGCAAAUUAGAAUCGGCUGCAUCAGAGUUUGUCACUAGUUGCACACAGUCAGACGAUUUGGCAGACUUCCGUAAGUUAACACAGCCGCUCGAGCUGGUCUUAGCUAGCACUAAAGCCAUCGGUGAGCUCAAGUUGGUCGAGGUUCAGAAGUCCUCAUUGGCUGUGGCGAAUCUACAGUCGCAUUUAAUGGCCGUCUUUAGAGCGCUUGAUGAGAUUGGUGAGUCAGCAGCGGCGAACGAACGAAAAAAUAUUUCACAACUACAAAAUGCCGUCCUAUCCAUUUCCGAGUUCAUUGACACCAGCGAAAACACGUUGCGCGCUAUUGAACUGAUACAAGAGUUGGAUACGCUCAUGACACAACUAAGCUUCGUGGCCAAUGAAGUACGACUUGCUAAGGCAAACGAAAGCAAGCGGACGUAUUUGGAAGCAAUAAAUUCGGGCGUAGCCUCAGCGAAGGCCUUCUUACUCAGCAUCGAUGAGGGGUUGAAGAUAAAUAAUUCUGUCUUCGUGAAGUUAGCCGCAGAAAAUGAGGUAGACAUUGAAAGCGUACAAGCCGCAUUGAUACGCCUGGAAAAUGAGAUACUAGAAAAGGCACGAACCGAAAGCUCCACAACAGAGGAAGAGGAAGCCGUAGUCGAUGCGCUGCGUGUGCAUUUGAAAAAUUUGCAAGACAAGUUGUUGGCGCUAAACAAUGCUGCAGCAAAGGAAAAGCCUAAGGUGGCAGAGCCGGAAGUUGUAGAAGCGAAGAUCAAUCAGAAGAGCGCUGCUGUUUCAGAAGUUGAUGAUGGUGCAAAGGAGAGCGAAGCUGUAACAGAAAUAAGAGAACAGCCUGCGGAUAAGAAGGAGAGCUUAGAGCAGGCUGAGCCAGGAAAAGUGACAGAAAUUGAGGUAGUCCAGCCGAUAGUUAAGAAGGAAGCUGGGCCAAUCGAAGCUGAAGCAAUAGCGCCGCAGGCUGCGACUCAUGAACAGGCAACGCCAGAAGAAAAGCUUGAGGUGACGGCUGACGAAACAAAGCCACAAGCAGCCAUCUCUGCGAAAGACAAGGAUACGCAAGAGGCUCCAGAAGCCGUGGUGGAACCGAAAGAGCCUCAAGCACCCACACUGCCAACCGAGCCAUAUCUCCAAAAAGCAGAAGAAUUGAUAAAUAACACACUCGCACUCACACAGGCGCUGAGUAACCAAAAAUUGAGCAAAGCCACAACGGAAGUCUACAAAUCGGUUGAACUCACUUUGAAAGAGAUUAAAAAUUUGCUACAAACACAACCUUCCAACACAAUCGAAGAUCAUAUUUUCUUGCCGCUAUUCAAGUUGAAGGAUUUGAUUGCUUUCAUCAAGAGAACGCCAAUGGAUGAUGUUUCGAAGGCCGAGGAGGCUCAACAGGUUAUACAGCAUACCAACGGCGUGCUGCUACAAAUCUUGAAUGGUCAUCGGGGUCUACGAAACGCAAUGAUUUUCGAUAUUACCGAAGCCACGCUACCAUAUAUAGGCAGCAUAACGUCAUUCAUAACACAAGUAUUUCCGAACGAUAGAAAUCUGUGUGCGAUAUCGCGAGCGCUGCAACGAAUUUCCACGGAGAUGAACGCGCUUAAGAAGGAAAAUACAUCAAAUAUGGAUAGAGGGUCACGUGCUUAUCAAAAUCUACAAUCAGCUUUGUACGAAUUGAAGAACUCAUUGGAUACGCUGUGUGCUGAACAGAAAAUCGAAAUCCUUCUACUACAAAAAGAAAGCUUAGAACGUAUUUGCAAAGCUAUGGAUGAAGGUCAGUUGAGAGAUGUUAUAGAGCUUAUACAGGAGUUUGAGGUGCAGAAGGAUUUCUUUGUGCAAAUGUUGGAAGCAUUGAAGAUUAUGUCCCAACAACAAGCCGCUGCUGCACGCCAAGAGGACAGCAAAGCUGAAAAGCCCGAGCAAGCUGCCGCCGACGAAGCGCUGAAGCAGCACAUCGAAAAUGUCUUGAACGUAAUUGCUGGCGAUGAGCGCUUAAAAGACAUCGGCAGUGAGCUUAGUGAGUCGCUCAAUGAUGAUGAGAGGUUCGCAAAACUUGUGUUCAAGUUAAGAGAACACAUUGUGCACACUUACGACGGUGGUCCACGCGCAGCAGACGAAAACGCUGAAAAAUUGGAAGAUAUUAUUGAGAACUUACUCGCUAGCAAUCCAGAAGCUGCUCGGAAAUUGACGGAGGAAUACUAUGAGUACAUUAAAAACAAUGUAAAACAAAUACCAGAGCGAAUUAAGGCCAUAGAAAACGCCGAGCUGCGUAAGAAGGUUAGCGCCUUAAAUCCUCGGCUGAAAGCAUUGUCUGCGGUUGCUAAAGCCGUAAAAGAACUAAAAACAGUGAAAAAGUUAGCAGACACGCAGGAGAAUCUGAAAAAAGAGCUCUUGAAUACUGUCGAGUUUUUGGAUGACUUGGCUAAGUCAUUGGCUGCAGAUUUGCAAGCCAAUAUUGAAAAACUUAAAAAGCUCGCGCUGAGAGAAUACGAUUAUGUAAAUAAUAGUGAAAAAGCAGCACAAGCACCGAAGAUUCUCUUGGAUACAUAUUUCCUAACCAGUGGCUUCAACGACUUGUGCGCUAAAUUGCAAAGAGCAGAGUUGGUGACUGCAGAGGCAAAGGAAAGCGAAGUUGUAGUUUUGGAAACUAAAGAUGCCCAGCUAAACGUGGAAGUGAAACCCAAAGUUGAAGUCGUUGAAGAAAAAGAGCAGCUCCAGCAAGACGCGGUUACAGGCAGAGAUGUGACAGUUGAGCCCCAGGUAACUACCGCUGCUACAGAAAUCGCCGAGGUGCCAACAUUCGAUGAAAAAGAAGUCAGUAUGGAAGUUGAAGACGUUCAACGAGCAAUAGCCAUAGAAGAGCCGAAAACCAAAACAGUUGAUGAAAGUAAAAGUGAGGAAAAAUUAGUUGCUGAAGCUGACAAAGCGCCUGCAGCUACUGAAGAGCCUCUUAACCCGAAUUUAUUGAAACAUUUUACGGACAUAGUCGAGGUAACUGCUAAAAUACGAAACGAAGUCGGGGCUACAAAAAAUUCAAUCUUGCGGGCAAAAUUAUUACAAUUCGAUGCACCGCUAGCAACCAUAGGAACGAUUUCGGAAACUGUAAAACUAUCAAACAAUAUAGACAAGUCUUCAGAGAAAAUAGCUACUUUACAAAAAGUACUAAUGAACCUCUUUGUAACCUUGGACGACCUACAACAACAGUCGACGGGAGAGCUAACAAAGCACAUCGAAGAUGUUAAAAAGCUGGCAUUGAGUGGAUUCGAAAGUGUAGAAAAGAGCGCGACAAGCGCAGACUCAGAGAAAAUACUCCUCAGUAUUUGUGAUUUAACGAAAGGAGUCUUGGAGGUUUGCAAGGAAUUGCAAAAGAUUGAGGAAGAACCACUUGAGACGACUGAGACGACAGAUACACAGACAAUAUUUGAAGAGCAGGUUCAGGAGACGAAAACUGAACAAUCUGCUGCAGUUAAAGAGGUAAAUGAGCAGGUGUUAGCGGAAACACGGUCUCAAGUUGAAGACGAGGGUAAAAAAGAAGAUCAACCAGCUGAAAAAGUGGCAGAUGAGAUAGUUGAAGAGCAGGCUGGCAAAGCUCAACAAGAGACGCCGACUACGGGAGAUAAUGAGGCAAAAGAUAAAGAAAAAGCAGCGCCAGAGUCACAAAAUAUAGAAGAGGAAGUCUUAGUGGAAACGAAACCACAAAUCGGAGAACAAAAGAAGACAGAAGAGCUGCCAGAGGAAAAAAUAAAAGAGCAGAAAGCUGAAGCACAAGUGCUAAGCACUGAUGAAACAAAAGCAGAUGUAAAAGAAGAAAAGCCGAAGACGGAAGAACCGGCAACUUCAGAGCAAAAACAAGAAGAACUGCAGCCUCAAAUAGAAGAACAAAUACCCCGGCCGCAAAUUGAAGAGCAAAUAGUUGAAAAUAUCGUUGCGAAGGAGGCUACUACCGAGUCGCCAAAACAGGCAGAUAAGCCAGCAGAGGUAACGAUAGAAGAACAAUUGACGCCAGAAACUCUGAAAAGUGAAGAGAUACCUUCACAAGAACCGGCAUCUGUUGCCGAGGAACAAAAGAGAGAAGAAAAAGAAGCGCAACGAGAAGUCGCUGCAUUCACAGAUAAACAAGCACUUGAAGAGGCGACGAGAGUAGUUGAAAAAGAGAAAACAAAUCAAGAACAAGUUGUUGCCAAGUUGUCGGAAGAAAAAGCGGAGAGUGAAAGUGAAGAGCAGAAGGCGCAAAACGAACAGCAGGAAGAAAACAAAAUAUUAUCCCAAGUUGAAGCUGAAGAACAAGCUAUUUUAGAAACGAAGACAGAAAAGGUGGAACCACAAGUCGAAGCGAAAAAGUUAGAAGAGGCAGUUGAAAAAGAAAAGACUGUGGAGCAAGUUUCACCACAAUCCAAAGCCAUUGAUACGCUGAUAACCAAACCCGAGGCACAGAUAGCUACAAAAGAGGAAACAAAGGAACAACCUGAAGAACAAGUCACUCCUGAAACGCAGCCUGUUACUGAAAUUCAAGAGAGCAAAGAAGUAAAACCGGAAGUCGAGAAAGCAGAGAAGCAAAUAGAAAAACCAAAGAAUCCACUGGAAAUACCCGAAGAACAUGUCGCUCAGGAAGCAAAGGCCUCGCCAACAGUUGAAGUUGCCACCUCCAGAGAAGACAAACCCGAAACGACGGCAAUAAAAGACAGCAGUGAAGAACCAAUUCCGCUGGGUGAAAAGAGAAUAAAAGCAGUUACAGAAGAAACCAAGACCGAAGUGAAAGAGGAAGCUAAAAAGGUUCAAGAACAGCUUCUGGAAGACAUUCUAGAGCCACAGGAGGCAAACGAUGAAAAUCGCAAACCAGAAAUAGAAGACCAUGUUGCUUCAGUGGCGCUGAUUGCAGAUGUUGAAAAGUCCGGAUUACAGCUUAGCGAAGAAAACAAAGGAGCUGAAGAGACUGAGCAAGUCAAACCCGCUGUUACAGAGAAAGUUGGAAUAGUUGCCGAACAACUGAAACCAGAACUGAAGAAAGAGAAACUUGAGGGUGAGAUUGACACAGAAAAACAAAAGGCUGAAGAACGCGAUGAACUGCGCAAGGCUAAGGAAGAAUUAACUCCAAAAGAAAACCCGCACGAGCAAAAAGUCGAAAAAUCGACCACAGACAAAAAGGAGAUUACAGACCUUCAACCGUCACAGGAAUUAAGUACUAAAUUAGAGCAAUACUUCGCAAGUAUCUCGCAGACUGCUGUAAAAGCAACAGCGAAAAUUCCAGAAAUAAAACCGCAGAUAAUUCACGAAAAGUUGGUUGCUCUUCCACCUUUGCUAGAAAAAAUUGUUCAGGUCUCUGAAAAUGUAAAGAAUCUACAGCGAGUUGAAAAAUCCGCACAGCGAAUGGUUACCCUACAGAAAGCAUUAAUGGAUACCUUUGUUAUAUUUGACGAUCUUCACGAAAUAGCAACAACUGAAGUGAAGACGCAGCUGGAGAAAGUUAAAGAACUCGCUUUACAUCUGUACGACAACAUUGAGAAGUCCGAAAAGUAUGUGGAGUCAGAGGGAGUAUUGUUAGACUUAGUCCAACUAACGGGUAGUGUUCUGGAAGUGUGCAGCAUACUUCAGAAAGAAGUGUCACACGAAAAGGUUAUUGAAGCGAAGCCCAUCGAAAAGAAACUUGGAGAGGAAGAAAAGCCAACAGAACAGAAAGUUGAAGAGAAACAAGAGCCAGAGGAGAAAGUUAUUGAAAAGACACCUGAAGAAAAACAAAUAACCGAGAAAGAUACUCUAGCAAAGGUGCCUGAAGAAAAAGUAGUUGCGCAGAAGCACGAGGAAUCGAAAGUUCCAACACAAGAAGCUGUUGAGAAGCUCGUGGAAACAACCGAAUCAGAUAAGCUAAUUGCAACACCAACUGAACAGAAGAAGUCACAGGAUACUGAGAAAGAUAAAGUGUUAGAAGAUACAAAGCUUAAAGAGAAGGCAGGCAAGCAAAAAUCGGUGGAGGAAAAACUUUCUGAAAAGUCAACUGAGAAGAAACCUGUUGAACAGAAAGUAGAAGAAAAGCCCAUAAAACAGACGGAUGAAGAAGUGAAGAAAAUAGACGCGAAAGUACCAGAAACAGAAAAGACCAAUGAAACACCAAUCGAGUUAAGGGAAUCAGAGAUGUCCAAAGAAACGACAGCAAAUCAAAAGUCAGCAGAGGAUAAGCCGCAUGAAAAAAUGCUUGAAGAGGAAACCGUUGAGAAAAAGUCAGAAGAAAAGUCAAAUGAACAAGAGGAGAAAGUGAAGGGAAAGCCUAAAGAAAAAUUGCAAGAAACACUGACCGAGCAGAAACAACCUAAUGAGAUUGAGAUAGAGGAGAUAGAACAAGAGAAACCGAAAGAAAAAGCUGCUAAACAAAAAUCGGUGGAGGAUAAAGUUCCAGAAAAGGUACCAGUGGAAAAGCCAGUAGAAAAGACCACUGCUGAGAAAGAAUCCGAGGCGGAGUCGAAAGCACAGCAGAUCGAAGAAAAGAAGAAACUAAAAGAUAAAGUAACCGAAGAGAAACCUGAAGAAAUGCAAGCUGUCGGCCAAGAUACUUUGGACGCGAAAAAGCUAGAAGCAGAAAAAAUAAACGAAAUAGUAUUCGAACCAAAGGAAGAAAAGGUCAUCGAACCCAAGUCGGUGGAGGUAAAACCACAAGAGGAGCUAGGAGAAAAACCUGUUGAGAAAAAGGUACAAGAAAAGAGUACGGAGAAAAAGGAUGAAGCGAAAGAGAAUUUGAAAGAGAAAGUGGAUGAAGCUGCGGUUGAAGAGAAGAGGCAAGUAGGUUUGGAAGCGCAAAAGUCAGAGUUAGAUAAAGAAACAGAGAUUGAACAAAAGAAAUUAGAGGAUGAAGGGCAUAAAGAGAAACCUGUUGAGAAAAUAGUACAAGAAAAGACAGCCGAGGAGAAGGAUGAAGAAAAGAAGAAAAAAGAAAAGUUACCCGAACCGAAGGCUAAGGAAGUGUCAGUCGAUGAGACCAAGAAAGAAAGUGAGCAGAAAAAAGCACAAGAAGAAAAAUCGAAGAAGGAAGAAAAAACAGGAGAUCAAAAAAUCGGAGUGGCCAAGCCAACUGAACAAGAUGCAGCGAAAACAAAGCCUGUUGAAGUAGAAAAAAUUGAAGACGCAAACGUAAAAGACGAUGAAAAGAAUCCUAAAUUGGAAGAAUUUUACAAGAACAUUACUGAGACUCAGAAUAUUCUGCAAAAAGAAAUCGAAGCGGCUAAAGAUAUUUUAUUGAGCCAGAAAUUAACUGCUCUCCAACCACAAAUUGAGAAGCUUGUUUUAAUUACGCAGACUAUUAAGAAUAACGAUUGUGUAGAAAAGGCUUCAAAGGAUAUUGUGCGUCUUCAAAGGGUGCUGAUGGAUAUCUUCAUUACAUUUGAUGAUCUGCAUGAUGCAAAAUUCCAUAUCUUGAAAUCGAAAAUCGAAGAGAUAAAAACGAGUGCUCUUGCAGAAUAUGAUUACAUUGAAAAGGGUAAGAGACAAAUAAAUUCUGAAGAGUUAUUGGAAAGAAUGUCCAUUUUACUGAAAAAAGUCUUGGAUACAUGCGUAGAACUUCGAAAAGUAUCCGAAAACGUACCGGUCGAAAGCGCCGAACCGGAUUCCGACAAAGAUAACACUGCCAAAGCAGCGACUGCAGAAAAAGUGGAAACGGUUGAGAAGAAAGCCAAGGUUGAACCCGCCGAAGAGCCGUUGAAUCAAAGUUUGCCACUAUAUUAUAACCAAAUUGUUGAAUCUGUGUCUAAAACGUCCGUCAAGCUUUCCGAAAUGGACGAUAAUGGAUUCCGCGUGAAGUUGAUGCCAUUGCACUCGACGCUUCAAGGCGUUCUUUCAAGCGCUGAACAUCUGAAAGGCGUGAACAAGAUCGAGAAGUCUAAAGAGAAGGUGGUAACAUUGCAGAAGAGUCUCAUGGACAUCUACGUUCUCUAUGAUGAUCUUCAGGCUAUAAAUGUCCAGGAAUUGAAAGGAGAUUUAGAGCAAGUGAAGACUUUAGCGCUGAAACAUUACGAUCUCAUUGAUAAGAGUGUUAGAGAAGUUAAUUCGCAAGAGAUCUUGGAGGAGUUAGUAAAACUAUGUCUAGAGAUUCAUAGGGUUUCUGAAAUGAUAUGUCAACAUGUGAAGACUUCUAAGGACGAAGAAACACUUAAGAAGGCCAAGGAGUCUGCUGAAGCAGCGGAUACCGAAAAGAAGUUGGAUAGGAAAAAAGAGAAAGUGAAAGAAGAAAAGAAAGCGGACGAUUCAGCCGAAAAGUCAGAUAAGAAAAAGGCGGAAGAGAAGGUAAUUGAAGAAGCAAAGAAGGUUGAAGAGAAGCCUAAGAGCAAGGAUAAGAAAAAUACUACUGAAAAAGAAAUUAGAAAGGAAGAGACGCUUAAAGAGGCUGUAGAUGCUAAGAAGCAAUCCGACCUAACUGAAAAGACGACUGAAGCACCCGAAAAGGCUGAACAACAGACUGCAAUAGACAUUAUCCAGAAGAAAGUUGAAGAGGAAAAUAAAUUGGAGAAAGUAGGUGAUGAACCUGCCACUAAAGUUGAUAAGGAAGAAGAAAAACCGAAGAAAGUCGAAAGAAAGAAGAGUCCAAGAGAAGUACGUACUGAAAAGAAAGAAGAACUUACGCGGAUUGAAAAGGAAGCAAUAGAUGCUAUUGUACCGACAAUGCAGGAGUCAACUGACAAACCUCGACUGACUGAAGAGAAAGUAAAAGUGGAAAGUCAAAAAAUUAGUGCUGAAGAGGACGAGAAAAAGAAGAAAGUGGAGGAGGAAUCAGUCGAAACGACGCCAAAGAAGGAAGCUGAAGAGGCCAAGAUCAGGGAAGCUGCAGCAAAGGUAGAGGAACCUAAGAAAGAUGAAAGAAAAAAGAGCACGGAAGAAGUUAAGGCAGCUGAUAAUAAACAGCCGGGAGAGGUGAGUGAACCGGAGGUAACAGAAACCCUGCCUAAGAAAUCUGCUGAGAAACCCGCUGAGAAACUUACCGAAGAACUUGAUGAGGCUGAUGAAAAACCAAAGAAGAUAGCGAGAAAGAAGAGCGAAGAAGAGAUAAAGAAAAUACAAGAGAAACCAACUAGUCCAAAGCAAGUUGCUGAGAAGAAAGAUUUAGAAAAACUCGAGGAAGUUGAAAAGCCUAAAAAAGAUAUCGAGCUGCCCGAAGAAAAGCCGAAAAUAGACAUAAAAGAGAAAAGUGUUGAGGCAGAAAAGAAGGCAGAUGAGAAAAAGCCUGAAGAAUCUAAAAGUCUGGAAAAUAAGUUGGAGCCUUCUGCUACUGAAGAAUCUGAGAAAGCUGUUGAUAAGCCGAAAGACGUCAAAGUGGAGAAAGGGGCUGAAGAAGACAAGACGGUCGAGCAGGAGAAAUCUGAAAAGCUUGAGGUUUUCGAAAAGAAAGCUGAGAUCGUUGAAAAACCUGAAGACAAACUUGAAAAACUUGAUGAAAAGCCUGCGGAAGAAGCUGAUAAGGCUCAAGAAAAGCCCAUAAAGGAAAAGGGAAAGAUGAGUGCUGAGGAAGUGAAAAAAGGCGAGGAAGAGAAGACUGCAACUCUUGAAGCUGUCAAAAAGAAACCUGAAACCGUUGAAAAAUCUGAAGAAAAACUUGCUAAAAAGCCUGGUGAAGAAGCUGAUAAGACUCUAGAAAAGCACAAAAAGGAAAAGAGAAAGAAGAGUGCUGAGGAAGUGAAAAAAGUCGAGGAAGAAAAGCCUGCAAUUGUUGAAGCCUCUGAAAAGAAAACUGAGACAGUUGAAAAAUCUGAAGAUAAACUUGCAGAGAAGCCUGGUGAAGAAGCUGAUAAGACUCUAGAAAAGCACAAAAAGGAAAAGAGAAAGAAGAGUGCUGAUGAGGUGAAAAAAGUCGAGGAAGAGAAGCCUGCAAUUGUUGAAGCUGUUGAAAAGAAAACUGAGACAGUUGAAAAAUCUGAAGAUAAACUUGCAGAGAAGCCUGGUGAAGAAGCUGAUAAGACUCUAGAAAAGCACAAAAAGGAAAAGAGAAAGAAGAGUGCUGGGGAAGUGAAAAAAGUCGAGGAAGAAAAACCUGCAAUUGUUGAAGCUGUUGAGAAGAAACCUGAGACUGUUGAAAAAUCUGAAGAAAAACUUGCUGAAAAGCCUGUUGAAGAAGCUGAUAAGACUGUAGAGGAGCACAAAAAGGAAAAGAGAAAGAAGAGUGCUGAUGAGGUGAAAAAAGUCGAGGAAGAGAAGCCUGCAAAUCUCGAAGCUGUUGAAAAGAAACCUCAGACCGUUGAAAAACCUGAAGAAAAACUUGCUGAAAAGCCUGUUGAAGAAGCUGAUAAGACUGUAGAGGAGCACAAAAAGGAAAAGAGAAAGAAGAGUGCUGAUGAGGUGAAAAAAGUCGAGGAAGAGAAGCCUGCAAAUCUCGAAGCUGUUGAAAAGAAACCUCAGACCGUUGAAAAACCUGAAGAACCACUUUCUGAUGAAUCUAGUAAGACUCUGGAGAAACCCAAUGAGGAAAAGAAAGAGAAGAGUGCUGAGGAAGUGAAAAAAGUCGAGGAAGAAAAGCCUGCAUUUGUUGAAGCUGUUGAAAAGAAACCUGAGACCGUUGAAAAAUCUGAAGAAAAACUUGCUGAAAAGCCUGUUGAAGAAGCUGAUAAGACUCUAGAGAAGCACAAAAAGGAAAAGAGAAAGAAGACGCAAGAGAUUGUAGAAAAGAAAGCUGAAGCUAUUGAAACGCGCGAUAAGAAAUCUGCUGAGAAGCCUAUUAUAGAAGCCGAGAAGACUGUUGAGAAUCGGAAAGAAGACAAAGGAAAGAAAAAUGAAGAGGAAGAAAAGAAAAUAGAGCCUAUUAAAAAACCAGCUGAAAAGCCUGUCGAAGAAGUUGAGAAGCUAGAAGAGAAACCGAAGAAGGAAAAGAAAAAGAAGAGUGUCGAAGAAGAAAAGGCAGCUGAUAAGAAAAAACCUGAAGCUGUAGAAAAUAAGCCUGAGGCUGCUGAAAACCUUGAUAAGAAACCUGAAGACAAACCUGCGGAUAAGCCUCCCAAAGAAACUGAGAAGGUGGAAGAAAAGCCACAGAAGAGAAAGAAGAGUGCAGAAAAAGACAAGGAGGUGAUAGAAAAGCAAGUAGAGCCUACACCAAAGGUGACUGAAGAAAUUAAAACGGAAGCAGAUAAAACCAAGAAAGAAAAGAGAAAGAAGAGCAUUGCAGAAGACAAACAACCCAUAGAUAUUACCAAAGAGGCUACUACGAAAAAGACUGAAGACAUGUCGAUCACACAAAAGGACGUCACAGAAGUUGUUGAGCCAAAGUCAGCGCAACAAAUUAUCACAAAACCUGCCGAAGCAGCGAAGGAGAAAGCUUUAGAUGUGGUUGACGCUGUGCCAUUGGAGAAAUCAAUGUCACGCGCAGAGAAGCCAAGCGAAGUAGAGUACAAAGAUAAACGGGAAGCACGAAAUGCCCGACGUGCGCCAAACGUUGAGUUGAAAUUGACAAACCGGAACUCAGCGUUGGGCAGCAAUAUAAAACUCACCUGCAGUAUAUCUGGCGCAGAACUGAAGGUUGAUUGGUAUCGCGAUAAGACAUUGAUUGCGAAUGACGAUAAAUAUCGAAAGACCUUCAACGAUGGACUCUCCUGCUUGGAAAUACGGACAGCCAAUGCUGGCGAUGCGGGUGUUUACAGAUGCGUGGCGGCCAAUCGCAAUGGAGAAGUGGAGACGAGUUGCCUUGUGACUGUUUACGAUGUACCAACAACUAAAUUUGGCACAACGCCAAUAUUUACGCGUAACAUCAGAGUAUUUGAACCAACAGCCUUCCUUGUGGCCUGGUAUCUGGAUUUCACUGUACCUACUAAGGAAGUUAAGCUUCUCAAUUCACACAACGACUGA